GCAUCUUCUGAAUGAAUGGACUUAAUGAACGAAUCGAGCGAACAGCAUAACAAUAACAAAUCAGUACAAAAUAGUCAAAGAGAAAAUUCAAUCUACAUGAUGGAUGUUUGUCGAAUAUGUAUGCAGAGUGAAGAUGAGGAUUCAUUUUCUAUAUUUUCGAAAUAUAACGAAAUCAAUAUUGCAACUACAAUUGCUGCAAUAAGCUCUAUUCAGCUUUCAGAGGAUGAUGCUCUUCCAAGUAAGAUUUGUAGAUCCUGUUUCGAGGAUGUCAAACUAGUUAUUGCGUUAAUAGAAAAGAUUAAAAGCUCAGAUGAAAAGUUGCGAAACGAUUGCAUACUUGUGAAGGAUAAAAAGUCAUCUUUCGAACAGGUAAUCAUUGUUAAAGCAGAGUUGAUUGACGAAGAAACGCACAACGAUGAUAACGAAGGAGAAGUGGAUUCAAUUUCCUACGAAGUCAAGUUUGAGUCGGAUUCAGACAAUGAUAAGCUUAGUGUUUUGAAAGAGAAGCUCAAAAAUACAGGAAAGCCGGACGACAGAGGACCAGAAAAAGACAAAAUAUUUCGGAAGAGAAAACGGAAGUUCAAAUUUGAAAGUGAAUCGGAUGUUGACGAUAAUGACAGUCUGGAUGAGAAAGAAUUGAAAAUGUUUGCGAUUGUGAAGCUUCCCAAGAUCAAUUUCGUUUGUUGCCGAUGCUAUCAAUAUUUUGAAACGACGAAAGAAUACGAAAUGCACAUUGAAGAGCAUACAAAGUUUUCGGCCAAAAGAACGGAUACGUUGUUUUGUGAAAUAUGCAAGCGAAAAUUCAACAAGACCAAAGCGUUUGAAAAACACAGAGAUAAGUUUAAAGUUUUAACAAAACUGUAUGAAUGCCAUCAGUGUAAAUCUCGUUUUAUCAGUGCUGUUAGUAGAAGGAAGCAUGCUCAUAAUCAUCCUAAAACUAUCGAAGACAAAAUGAAGGAAGAAUAUGGAGAAAUACUCUGCUGUGUUCAGGGUUGUUCCAAGGCAUUUGCGUCGGAGGAACUUCUCAUAAAACACAGUCAGGAAAGUCAUAAGCUCCAUAGACGAAUGUAUAAAGAGGAAGAACUGGCGCAAAAGACGGCAGAGUGUCCAGUAUGUUUCAAUAGAUAUGCCACUGAGAUUUUGCUUCGAAGGCAUAGAAAACGAAAUUCGAAACCCAUGGGUCAUCAGUGCGUAACGUGUGGAUUGAAGUUUCGCACUAAAGAUGUUCUGAUAUUCCACGAAAUGAAUCAUGCAGAGCAGAAGCCGUUCCAAUGCGACAUCUGUAAGAAGUAUUUCUCCGGAAGCAAUGCUUUGAAAGUACAUCAGAGGUGUCACUCCAAGGAGAAAGCCUUCGUGUGCUCAACUUGUGGCGUUGGAUUCAACCAAAGGAGCCAACUGAUUACGCACGAGUACGAUCACGGUGAUGCGCCACUUCCGUUCGAAUGCGAGGUUUGUAAGAAGGCUUUCAAGCGAAAAACUAACCUUAUUAACCAUAUGAGGUUACACACCGGGGAACGACCUUUUGCUUGCCGACAUUGUUCGAUGUCGUUCUCGAGCUACACUACUCGGCAGUUCCAUGAAAUGGUUCACACCGGUAUAAGACCAUUCAAAUGUAGCUACUGUGAUAGAACUUUUACGCUGAAGAGACUGAAAUUGGAACAUGAGUGUAAACAUACAGGUAUCAAACCGUACAAGUGUAGUCAUUGCGAUAAAGCGUUUACUCGGAAGCAAUUUCAGGUGGACCAUGAAAGCACCCAUACAGGCGUAAAACCCUAUCGCUGCCACCUGUGCAACUGCAGUUACAGUCAUAAAACCAAUUUGCGUCGACAUCUGGAUUCUCAUGGGUUGCCACAGGAAAAGUCCAUGAGUUCCAACGAAAUGCCGUCGCCAGCUUCAACGGAAGCCAUGGCCUCGGCAAAUUCCUCCGCAACCGACAUGGGUCCGGUAAGUACAGUGGAUGGUCAUCCUGAUUCCAGUGAUUUCAGAAAGUGCUUGUUGAUAAAGUGCUAUUUAAAAGUUUUUCGGAAACUACAACGCAUAAGCAACACCAAUAUGAACAUUUGUCGCUUAUGUAUGCAACAUGCAGAUGAGAACUUCAUCGAUUUGUUCUCAACCGUCAACGGAAUAGACAUUGCAGCUACUGUGGCCGCUAGUUGCUCCAUAAUGCUAGCAAAAAACGAUGACCUACCGAAUACCAUAUGCAAUGUAUGCCUGGAAGAUGUCCAAAUGGUGAAUACUUUCGUCGAAAAAGUCAGAAAGACUGACGCGGAACUACGGCGUAAACAAGAAAUCAAAGAUGAAGAUUUAGAGAACUCCCAAAUAGAGUUGAUCGUUAUUAAACCAGAACCACUAGACGAAGAGCAACUUGCGAACAGCGAUGUAGAGUUACAAGAGAACAUCAGAAGUGAUGCCGAUAAUGAUGAAUCGCUUUCUGAAAACUCAAGUAGCAUCCGAACAAGAAAGAGGAGCAGGAGAAAAAGUGAGGAAUCGAAAGAAAGAAGUGAUAAAAUACAUAAAAGAUUACGAAAGCCAAAGAAAGAUAAAGGCGUGGAAUCUGAUGGUACAGACGAUGAUAGUACUACUCUAAGCGAGAAAGAACUGGAAAUGUUCGAAGUUUUGAAUUUACCACCAGUUAAUUUUGUAUGCUGUGGUUGUCGCCAAUACUUUGGAACUUCAGAAGAGCUUGACAUGCACACAGAUACGCAUAAAAAGUUUGCAGUUAAGAAUGCAAACAAUAUUCAUUGUGGAGUAUGCAAAAAAAAGUUCAACAAGCCCAAUGCUUUGGAGAGGCAUAGGAGGAAAUGGAAUUCAAUUAAAAAACUCUUUGAAUGCCGUAAAUGCAAAUCUAGGUUCUUUAUAGGUGAUAGCAUGCGACAACAUUUGAAAAAGCAUCCCAAAACUAUUGGAGAAAGGGUUAGCCAAGAAUACGGUGAAAUAGUUUGCUGUGUUUAUGGAUGUACCAAAUCUUUUCCUUCGGAAGAACUGUUGAUUAAUCACAGCCGUGACACUCAUCAAAUUCAAAAGCAAACAUACGACAAUGAAGAUAAUGAAAAGAAACCGUCAAAGUGUCCAGUUUGUUACAAAGGAUUCACCUCAGAAAGAUUGCUUCGUAAACAUAGAAACCGCAGCUCGAAACCUCUAGGUCAUCAAUGUUCAACGUGUGGCCUUAAAUUCCGCACCAAGGAUGUUUUGUUGGUUCAUGAAGCGAACCAUGGCGAUCAAAAACCAUUCCAAUGCCACAUCUGCAGCAAAUAUUUUUCAAGUAAAAGUGCUGUCAAUGCUCAUCAGAAGUACCAUGCCGAGGAAAAAACGUUUGUCUGUGCAACAUGUGGCGCCGCUUUCUAUCAAAAGUAUCUACUGAAACUGCACGAGCAGAAUCACGUGGAAGGACCACUUCCGUUCAAAUGUGAGAUGUGCGAGAAAUCGUACAAGUCGAAAAACGGGCUCGUCAACCACAUACGCGUGCACACUGGCGAGAAGCCUUUCUCCUGUCGACACUGCUCUAUGACGUUUGCAACCAGCGACGCUCGGCGAUCGCACGAGAUGAAUCAUUCUGCAACCAAACCUUUCAAAUGCUCCUAUUGCGAUAAAUCAUACAGAAAUCGAAGGCAACGUGAGGAGCAUGAAAACAUGCAUACCGGCAUCAAACCAUUCAAGUGCAGCAGCUGUGAUAAGGCAUUUACUCGCAAACAGUCUCAAAUUGAUCACGAAAAAGCUCACUCUGGAAUCAAACCAUACCAAUGCAAUCUGUGCAAUUGCAGCUACACCCAUAAAGUUAACCUGCGUCGCCAUCUGGAAUCUUUACAUCCGCCAGCGGAAGAUUCUUUGGAUGUACCUGGCGUUUCUUCAGUAUCGGUACCGUAAGCUUAAAAUUUGUACAAUAAUGGAUUAUCAAUCAAUCUGUUAGUCUGUUCAUUCUGUCAUGAUCAUAGGAUUCAGUCGAGUAAGUAUCUUCACUUAAACAUACUACUCAGGAACGAAUUACAUGCUAUCAUAUUGUCGCAAAACUUUGAAAAUGAUCACUAAUGCAAAUUUAUUUAUUGGAAUCUUUUUGGCUUUUCUUCAAGGGUAAUUUUCCCUCAAUUAAGUGUACAAAAUGUUGAAUACAUCAUAACUUAUAAUUAACAACUGAUGUUUAUUUUUUUCAUUCGAAAUCCUUGCGUGAACUUACCAAUUGAGCAAUAUUAUGGAAAUGGUUAUAAAAAUAUUAAACUACCGUGAGGCGCAAGUGA